AGUAGAAGCGGUGCCUUUUAGUGACAGAGUGACGUCAGCACGUAGCACGCACAUCCCGGAAGUUUAGGUCUGUCAGUCAGUCGCCUGCUAGAAGGCACCGUCAAGGCAUGCUUUUUCAGUGUAGUUAAUCUCUCAACAACAAAACAUGGCAAGGCUCACGACUAAAACAAUGAGAAGGAAGCAGUGCGUUCGCAGUUCGCAUUUAUUUAAAUAGCCCACCAACACAGGUUUGCCAAGGGACUUGUCAACGCUCGGCAUGAGGAUCAAACCACAUCUCCGUGUGCUUGCUCGGUGCUUGGAGGAGCCAGUAAGGUCAAGGUGGCAGGGCUCAAAGUUAUCCUCAGCAUGGAGUUUUCAAAGACGGCCAUCGCAACUAAUGCACACAGACGAGGCUGGAAAAAUGUUUUACAUAACAACACCAAUAUUCUAUGUGAACGCAGCACCUCACAUUGGGCACUUGUACUCAGCGGUGAUAGCCGACUGUUUGCACAGGUCAAGACUUCUACGAGGAUUCAACUCCAGAUUUGCAACUGGGACUGAUGAGCAUGGUCUGAAGAUCCAGCAAGCGGCAGAAUCCGUCCAAAAGCACCCCCUCGCGUUCUGCAGUGAGGUUUCUGAGAAAUUCAAGCACCUCUUUACAAAAAGCAACAUCUCAUACACUGAUUUCAUCAGAACCACAGAAAGCAGACACCGCAGCGCAGUAGAGCAUUUCUGGACUGUACUUCUGAAGAAAGGCCUCAUCUACAAAGGGUCCUACGAAGGCUGGUACUCCACACAGGAUGAGAGCUUCCUCACUCCAACUCAGGUCACCAAGGUUACAGAUGCCAAUGGGAACGAAAUAACAAUAUCCACUGAGAGUGGUCACAAGGUGGAGUGGAUGAAGGAGGACAACUACAUGUUCCGUUUGUCUGAGUUCCGUGCCCCUCUUCAGCAGUGGCUGAGGGACAACCCCAGCGCAGUCCAGCCGGAGAAGUUCUACCACAUCGUCCUGCAGUGGCUGGACGAUGACCUCCCCGACCUGUCCGUGUCUCGGCACAAAAGCCGACUUCAGUGGGGCAUCGGAGUCCCGGACGACCCCGAGCAAACCGUCUACGUGUGGCUGGAUGCCCUCGUCAACUACCUCACCGUGGCCGGAUACCCAGAAGGCCACGGUCUGUGGUGGAGCGCAGCUCAUCACAUUGUUGGCAAAGACAUCCUGAAAUUCCACGCCAUAUACUGGCCGGCGUUCCUCAUGGCGGCAGACUUGCCCCUCCCCCAGGUGGUCAAUGUCCAUUCUCAUUGGACGGUGCAGGGCAAGAAGAUGUCCAAGAGCUUGGGGAACGUGGUGGACCCCCUGGACACAGCACAGAGAUACACCGUGGAUGGUGUCAGGUACUUCCUCCUCAGACAAGGCGUGCCGGACCAUGACUGCGACUACGAUGACGCCAAGCUGGUGAAGCUCCUCAACAGCGAGCUUGCAGACGCUCUCGGUGGGCUGCUGAACCGGUGCACGGCCCCCUCCCUGAAUCCCACGCAGACGUACCCACAGUUCUGCCCCGGCUCUUUCCCCAUGGGCUCUCCUGAAGAACCCAAAGGGAGAACCAAGCCAGAAGACUACCACAUGGUCCAGUCUGUCACAGAACUCCCAUCAGUGGUUCUAGAACACUUGGACAGCCUGCACAUUUACAAGGCUCUGGAGUCCAUCAGUGCGUGCGUAAGGCAGACCAACGGCUUUGUCCAGAGACACGCGCCCUGGAAGCUUGAUCUGGCGGACGCUGCAGACAAACGGUGGCACGACACCAUCCUCCACGUGUCCAUGGAGUGCCUGAGGGUUUACGGGACCCUCCUUCAGCCUGUGGUGCCGGGGCUGGCUGACAAGCUGCUCUCCAGGCUUGGGGUGAGGUCUGAGGAGCGCACCUGGGAGGUGCUGGGCUUUCUGGAAAGGUACUAUGGGCGGAAGUGUGCCUUUGAGGGGCGCACACUGGGCCCAGAAACUGGAGUCCUUUUCAACCGUCUCGAACGAGACACGGGAAAAGCCAAGCCCAAAACCAUCAAGAAAAAUAAACUAAAAUCCCAUUAAAUUAUGACUGUAUGCCUUUUUUUGCUACC